AUGACGACCCCUUUCCUUGACACCAUCGCGACCCACCGAUCCUGGUACGCCCUGGGAAAACACCUGACCAUCAAUCAAGGCAAAGUGAAGGCCAUGGUCGGUCAUGCUAUGCAGUCGGUUGCUAGUUCAUUCAAUUCGCAAUCCAACCGCGCGGUCGUGCUCUUCGGCUCCGAGCAUGACAGGCUGUUGGAUAUUGUGACUAACGUGCUCAAGGCCCAAGUCACUACGGAUCAAUGGGUAUCUACGAGCCAAAAGACAGCCGGAUUCAAGGCCGCUGCCGGAACUACGCACUUCAACGAAGGUUAUGUUCUUUGUGGACGGCGACAUAGUCCAAAGUUUCGCCAGAAAGUUUCCAACUUAUUCAGACCAGUUCCCGUCUGGGCGGCGCAGUCGAAUGCCAUGUUGCAGCAGACCAUUUGGACGGCGCUGUCAGCCGAAGGGCUCGGCGCCUACCAACAGCAUUACAAACCCCUGAUUGAUGGAUUGGUAGCCGCAGCCUGGUCUCUGCCACCUAACUGGCGGCUGACGGCUCAGCUUGUGUUUGGCGAGCGGAUCGGCCCUAGUCCGGCGCUGGGGGAGCAGAAGCCAUUAGAUGAUAAAUUGAAGGUCUUUGGCGCAGAUACAGGAGUCUAG